AUGUCCUUUCAGAUUUUUGGCAAAGAUGCGGAAUGCGUUAUUCGAAAAUGGCUGCUGUCAAACAUAGUGUAUCCAUUCAACUGCACUUUAGCCUACUUAACGAAUAUUGGGCAUCUUCCAGUAACAAAUGGUGUAUGCAAGCCUGAUGUUAUUGCAGACAAUUACUAUAAUAAUGUUCAAUUAGUUUGGAAUAGCGCAAAUGUUGAUGAAGAGUGUAUACCUGGUUGCCAUCGUUGGGACUAUCAAACAGCUCUCCAGCAAAGUCAAACACUUAUUCCCUUUUCCGACUACACAUUCAAUCUAGAAGCUUCGUUCAAUGAUUUGCAGUACGAAUAUGUGAGAGAAGUUUACACGACAUCGGUACCAGGGUUCAUGUCCCAGAUAGGAGAAGAAGAAUCGCGGUCUGCAGUUGCUCAGGACGGCAUUGCAAUUGUAUCUCUCGAACCAUUAAAUGGUCAUAUUCCUGGAAUUUCACAACGACUGGGUUAG